UUUUGAAGUGCAGCCUGAGACGAAAACCCCGCUAAAGCUGCUGCUUGCCGACCCACAGCAAGGAAGCACGAGAUAGCAGAUAGGUUAGCAUGCCUGUACUGAGUUACUGCUUCUCGCCUCGCUAACGGCGCUAGGCUGAAAUGAGCAGCUGUUGAAGGAGCCUCGCCUGACAACACUGCGGCUCGGAGGCUGUAGUGAUGGUCCAGUCCGUUCCAUCAGAUCAUGUCUUCAUACCACUUGCCCACAGCAUAAGUGUGUUGUGCGACAGUAAUAAUCAUCCACGAGGAACACAGUCAUCUACAAAAAUGGUGGCAACCGAGUGAACAACACUGGCAGGCAUCAGCAUUGCCUUGCACUGGCAUCCUAAAAUGCUUGGACUUCGAGAAACAAAAUCUGUUGGAACUCCUUCCAGUAAAACAUACAGUUGUGUGGCAUGCUCUGCCACGUUUAAAGGUUUAUCAUCUCUCUUGGUACAUCAGACUUCUCAUGCCAGUGAGAUCUCUGACCAUAGAGUGACUACGUUGCCUACUUGCAGUCACUGUGGCAGCUUAUUUGCAAGUCCAGAACUUCUUCAGAAGCAUCACUGUAUGGUAUUACCCCCUCCUGUCACUCAAGAUGUAUAUGUGUGUGAUCAUGGGGAAGAGUUUCAUGAACUUGGUGCCAUCCAGGAGCAUAAAAAGUUACAUGAAAUACAGAUGAAGCCACAAUCGGACGAGACAAGUAAUAAAACCUCUGAAGGUAAUGAAACUUUGGAACUUGUCGAAACUUCUGAACUUGCUCAGAAGGACUGUAGCCAACCUGUUCCAGAUGAAGUUCCCUCUAAUGAGAACUCACCUUCUCAUUGCACUGAUGAGUCACUUCAUCAGAACACACAGACUGCUUCAGAGGAGUGCUUGUCUACUUCAGAUUCUCCUUCUGUUCAUAAUGCCGUAUCACAGGUACAUCAUGAUGAAGGGUCAGAGCCAUCUGACUUAACCUCCCCUCUGGCACUCACAGAAGCACAAGGCCAGUCCUUUGGGAUUGAACUUGAGAAAUUAGAAUCUGAGAAUACAUGUGUUUCUGACAGCAAGGAAACAGUAAAUGAAUGUCAAAAAUCAAGGAAUAAGAAACCACUGCUAAAAAUGCUUACAUUGUACAUGAAUAGUAGACAGUCAACCCAGAAGCAAUCGGAGCAAAGCAAGAGGACCCUACCCACACGGAGAGUUUCACCAAGGGCACCAGUGCAGGCUCCAGCAGUAAUGUCAGCAUCAAGCUCUGGAUAUUUCAUUAAUAAUGUCAGGCAAAAGGUCGCUAAAUAUGGCCCCAAUAGAGUGGGUUUCAGACAGUCAGGCAACUUGCUUAAUGUCAAGCCUGUCAAGAAAAAAAAAAAGAGGAGGAUUGUAUCUACGACAAAGACUCUGUAUCCUGUGGUUGCAAUUGAGGCCUGUCAACAGCUUGUUAGAGAAAACAUUGAGGGGAAGCAUCAGUGCGGUCUCUGCCGGAGAGUUUUUCAAGACAUGGACAGCUUGAUAAUGCAUCAUGCCUUGCACAAGAAAGAAAGAGUCAAAUUUUGCCGCCGUUGCCGACAGUAUGUGCUAAGUGUCAUUUCCGUUCCACAUAACCACAUCUGUGCUAGCUCUAAUGUUGGAUUUUCCAGACAUUUUACAUUGCUAACGUCAAACAGUCCUACAACGCAGCACUCUCAGAAGUUAUUCCACUGUACAAUGUGCAAUCGGAGCUAUACACGAAGGCACAGUCUUAACAAACACAAUUGUCAGUGGAUAGCCUUUCUUAAGAGCUCUGCUUUUGGAGCCCAAAAAAAUGACAUGGUCAGCAAUUUUGAGCAAGGUUCUAAUGCAGAAAAACAACUAAUGUCAGUACAACAAGAUUCAUCAUGUCAGGUAAAUGUUGGUGUGAACACAGAGGGCCUUAAACUGGUAAAGACUGAGGAGCUCAAUACUGAUUCUUCGUUGGAGGGAAAAUAUCAGACAGGGUUAUUGGCAAAACGCUUCUCUCGAAAUGCUGUUCCUACAACUGCCCAAGAUAAAAUGAGUCGAGGAAGCAACGCUGAAACAGGUGAAUCAUUAGGAGGGAGCCAGUGUACUGUGCCUUUGGAUGAUGCUGAAAUAGAUGUGAUGGAUGUUGAUGAAGAAAAACAUGAUGAUUUGAUGGAGGCACCCAAGGACAGCUCUGAUGAGGUUGUUGUCUUAGAACCCACCAUAAAGUGUCCAACCAGUUCAACACUGUCAAGUAAAGAUUUUCAGGUGCAAAUUUCUGCUAGUGGUGUAAAACGUUUUUUGUGUAAUAGCUGUCAGAAAAGCUAUUCCCGACGUUUCACCCUGAAGCGGCACCUUGAGAUUUGUGGAGCAAGAAAUUUAAUGGGGCAACAUUCUUUUGGACAGGCUAAUAUCAUUGUGCUAAAGAAAAAGUUUCCAUGUCCCAAUUGUGGAGUGUCAUUUACCCGCAAAGACAGUAUGAACAUGCACCGAAAGAGGUGCCAGUCAGUGAGAGGUGCAAGCACUCUGGAGGUGAAUAAGUUGUCUGAGAAGAAAAACCAAGCCUCCCAGGAAAACACAUUUGUGUUGCCCCCAGUUUCUAAGAACCAAGUAAGACAAGAGAGCAGUAACAAUAAUUCUGGAAGUGGAAACUGGGGGAUUAUGUCAUUACCAUCUGUGCUUCCCAGAAAAGUGACUUGUGAGUGCGGUGCUGCUUUCACUUGCCCCAGGUUUCUGUUUGAGCAUCUGCAAAUGCAUGCGAUGGAGUCCUACAUUUGUUCCCAUUGUGGUGAGAAUUUGCAGUCUUGGGCUGAUUUUCAAGCACACCAAAAAUUCCAUGCACAAACAUCAGGGCAGAAAAAUGAGCAGAAAGUGUCGCAACCACAGCAACCUCAGCUUCAGCAGGUGCCACGUUUUCAAUCGUCAGCGCAAAAUCAGAAAAACCGGUCUCAAGAUCUGUUGAAAUCACAUUUAAAUCACAGACACAUGUGCCACAGAUGUACAAAGGUCUUCAGAGCACGCAAGUCUUUGCUGAGACACCUGAGGUUGAGUUGCAGAGGAGAUAUUGCAGGUCAAAACAAGCACUCUUGUUCUCGCUGUGGUAUGACCUUCCAAAGUCCAUUAGCUCAUAAGGUUCACAUUCAGGGCAACACUUGUACACCUUCUUUCAAACCUGUCCGCUGCCCAGUGUGUGUCCGUUGGUUCAGUUGCAUGGAUGGACUCAAAAGACACUUGGUCUCGCACAGCCAACAAAAGGUUUUGACGUGCCAGAUCUGUGAGCAUAAGUGCUCAAGCUACGAAGAUCUUGAGGAGCAUAAAAGGAGGGUCCAUGGCACAAAGGAAGCUGCUGAGUCACCUACUAUUCAGUCUGCACAUGUUUCACAAAGCAACCCAUCAAAUGCCUUUCAGUGCCAGAUGUGUCAACGCAGUUACUCAAAACUCCAGUCCCUGAAGGAUCAUCUAAGGAAAGUCCAUCGACCGCAAGGUCUAAACCCAGGCAGCGUUGGUGUUUUAGAGCCCAAAGCUGGUGGACUUCAGUCAUCAAAAGGAACUCUACAGCAAAGCCAUUCCAAUCCAUUUCAGUGUCACAUCUGUUCACGGAGCUACACUGCCUUGCGGUCCUUGAGGAACCAUAGAAGGCGAGUCCACUGCAUCCGAGGUGGUCUUGAGAUGUUCAGGGAAAUCGUUCGUCAAAGCCAGGGCAACCCAUAUAGGUGUCAAAGUUGCCAUCGGAGUUAUCGAGACACAAGAUCCUUAAAGAACCACAGAAGGAGGGUGCACUGUAUUUUGGGGGAUGUGCCAGAGUCUGCAAAAGUGGUUUCUACAGAUGUGAAACAGUCAGAGGUUAAGUCGGUGCCUCUUGAUGUCACUUUAUCUCUAAGUACGGCUCCUGAGACUGCAGUACAAAAAGUGAGCAACGAAGAUCAAUUAAACACAUUGCUAGAUUGACUCACACUUGAAGAAGAUAAAAUUAAUAAGGAUAAAAUUAGUUCUCAGUUCAGUGCUAGGUAAAGGGGAAUCCUGCUGAAUUUUAACAUUUCCCCAUAAUUUCAUUAUUAAGAUGUUUACAAUUAAGACAUUUACAAUUACACAUUUGCAACAGAGAUGUCUCUAAACUUACAUUGUGUAGCUUUAACAUUGCUGCAUGUAAAAAUAAAUCAUGAUGUGGUCAUUUUGGAUAGUUAAUAAAGUGGGUGAAUUUGCUUUGAGGAGAUCAUGACCCCCAUCACUGUAAAGAAAUCUAAAUCAGUAAGUUGCUCACUGAGUGCGUUUACACGCACUCAAUAAUCCAGUAACGGCAGAAAAUCAGAUUUUGUCAGU